UGGAUCUAAGCGGAACUGGCAAUCGCUUUCGAAGGCGUUCAUGCGUGAGCUCCGACGUCCUGUAUAUGCUUUGGUACGUCUGUGGUCCCACCUCUGCACGCUGUUCGGACUUAGGUGAAAGCAAGGAUUUGCGCAACCACGGCUCCUCACCUCACAGUCGACCGAUGACAUAUCUGCACAUGGCCGCGGACGUACUAGGUUUCAUUCGUACGCUUUCAUUGUCAAACGUAUCGCUCCUUGGGCAUUCGAUCACACUACUCAAAGGGGUGGCAAAGCUUGCAAUGACUCUUGCCCUCCACCCCGAAACUCCAGCUGAUAUUUUAACUAAAGUAGUUGUAUCUGAUAUUGCUCCCGUACGUGCCAAGGUCUCCGAAGACACGGUUUUGCACAUCAAGGGGAUGGAAACAAUCGAGGGUAACGGGAUUACUACUCGAAAGGAGGCUGAUGAGAUUCUUGAAGGUUAUGAGAAGGAUCCGCUCGUCCGCGCCUUUUUAUUGACUAACCUCGAUACCAAUUCACGUUCCGCGGCCUUGAAGUUCAAAAUACCCAUAGACAUACUGAAGGAAGGAAGGUCCGAGAUCGAGAGUUUCCCCUGGGCUCCUGGUGAGCGGAGCUUUCACGGGAACACUCUGUUUGUAAAGGGAACGAAAAGCAAUUUUUUCCCGGAAGCUACCGUAACAGAGCUAGACACCGGACAUUGGAGUCAGUGAACCAAACGAAUUCAAGAAACUAGUGACGGAUUACAUUUUGCAUGCAGGUACCUAAUAUCUCUCACAUCUUAUAUCCAUGUUCCACCUGCAUUAAGGAACGGAUAAUUGAAUGCCAGCACUUUCACACAUUUUGUUCGCGUCACCCCAAGCCAGUACAACAGCA